CCUGUAUACCGUUGCCAACACUCUCUCGUCUCCUCCUAAAAUCUUCCGCACAGUCACCGAUGGAGUUCGACUUCGUAGAGUAUCGAUGACGCUCUCAACUUCGAGGCCAUUAAGACGACGUAUGAUUUUUCAUCACUAUUUCGCUAUAUAUAGAUCUUCUGAUGAUUAUUUUUGUAUAAUUACUACUAUAGAUAUAAUGAACAAUCAGUCUUUCCUUUUCUUGGCAUCCAAUCUAGAUCUGUACACACACGGAUUGUUAAAUUGCAACUUAAUUGAUUUAUAUAGUGUGCAAAGACAACUAGUUUUACUUUGAAUCAUGAUGAAUUUACUGCGAAUUGGUUCGUGCCAGUGCCCCAUAAUGCCUGACAAUGUCUACUUCGGGGUUUGGGGUCUUUAAAUGGAUUGAAUAAUUCAAUAAAAUUUGCAUAUACGGUGAGUGGUAAUUUCAACUUUAAUAAGUCAUACUGUUCGGGACAACUAGUUUUGCUUAGUAUUUGUUAAAUUAAUUUUAGCUUUGUGAAAUAUGCGAAUGUGACAAUGUUGAUAUUGCCAUGAACCUCUAUGUUCUGGUCUUUCUAUUUAUUGAAAAUUUAAAGUAAACCUAGAUAGCCAAGAUCAUUAAUUUCUACUUAAUUCACAUAAUGAUCCAGGUAUCUAGUUCUACUGUGAUUAUUAACAUUAUUUGCUGAAUUUAUGAUUGUUAUGUUUGUGGUAUAUGUGGUGACAACAUUUGCAUAGCGAUUUUUUUUGAGAGACAGUCAUUCGAUUCUGAUAAUUGGCGCUAUCGUAUGUCUAAGAUACUGUUGGGCCCUACUAGUUUUGUGGGGCCAUUGGCUUGGGUUUCACUGACAGAGGAGUUUUUAGAAGGUGGUAUAGUAACUGGUGGGAUGGAUACUCAUGCUGCUUUGGUGUGGGAUUUGGCAAUUGGAGAGAAGGUUCAGUCACCGAAAUGUCAUCAAGUGCAAGUCACCGGCAUUGCAUUGGAUGGCUUGGACAUUGCAUCAUCAUCCGUAGAUUGAAUUUGAUGUCGAUAUUGGAGAUGGUGAACCUAUUUGUAAAUUUCCCUACAAUCACUCAGCUAUCGCCUGUCGCGGCAAAACCCACAUUCAAGCACAUUCAGAAGGUAUCUAAGGAUAAAUUUAGACUAAUCAUUUAGAAGGUAUUCAAUACAAUUUGCUGUUUCCUUCUGUUGAAAAUUAUCUGACUUUAUGUUGGCAUUCAAGUA